GAGCCCAACGACAAACCUCCACCCUCGACGACAUGGCCGACCAAAAGACGACACCCAGCAACCCCAUGCGGGAGCUCCGCAUCGACAAACUCGUCAUCAACAUUUCCGUCGGUGAAUCUGGUGAUCGACUCACUCGUGCCUCAAAAGUCUUGGAACAACUCACCGGCCAAACACCCGUCACCUCCAAAGCCCGCUACACCGUCCGAACAUUCGGUAUCCGACGUAACGAAAAAAUCGCCGUCCACGUUACCAUCCGUGGCCCCAAGGCUGAGGAGAUCCUUGAGCGUGGUCUCAAGGUGAAGGAGUACGAGUUGCGACGAAAGAACUUCUCGGAGACCGGAAACUUCGGUUUCGGUAUCCAGGAACACAUUGAUUUGGGUGCCCGAUACGAUCCUACCAUUGGUAUCUUUGGUAUGGAUUUCUACGUUGUGAUGGGCAGGCCAGGUGGACGGGUGGCGAAGAGGAAAGCCAAGAAGGCACGCAUUGGUUUCCAACAUCGGGUGAAGCGGGACGACACGAUGGCUUGGUUCAAGCAGCGAUUCGACGGUAUCAUCCUCAAAUAAACUACUCUUUGAUGUGUCGUACCCCAUGCCCAUGCCUCGCUAUGCACAUGUCGUCAUUUUUAUUUGCAUGCAAUAUGAGAGAGAUCACCGACGGAA